GUUCGCAGCGCCCGGGGAUCUGUGUUGCUCGUCUGAAGAAGAGAAAGGUCGCAGAAGGAACCGUCAUUAUCUAUGGAACUAGCCAUGAGGCAGAAGAAGAAGAAGGAUAAGAAUUGGAAUGAGCUUGGCGUCGUGGACACCAUUUAUGAGGAGGAAGACUACGGACAAGAAGAAGAAGACGGCGACUGCUCCACCGCUUCUCCGCCUCCUCUCUCCUCUGCAGCAGCCACUCCUCGAGCAGAAACGUGGUCGGGGAAAUCUGGGUGCGGGCCGGACGUUGUGAUAAGAGUUCAAGGGACGUGUUUUCAUCUGCACAAGGUUCCUCUCACGUCGAGAAGCGCCUACCUCAAGCGGCACCUCGCUGGCGUCUCCGAGCUCACCCUCUCUCCGCCGCUAAAGAUCACGGCGGCCACGUUCCGCCUCGUGGCCGACUUCUGCUGCGGGGCCCACGUCGAGGUGACGCCGUCCAACGUCGCCGAGCUCGCCACCGCGGCCGCGUCGCUGGAGAUGGCGGCGGGCGACGGCGGCGACGGGGGCGACGACCUGAGGCUCGUCGCGGAGACCUACUUCCGCCAGUACGUCGCCUUGAGCCCCGAGUGCGCCUCGGCCCUGUUCCGCUCGUGCUUGGAUCUUUUGCCCGAGGCAGAGACGGCGGCGUGCCUGGUCAGCAGAUGCGUCGAGGCGUACGGUCCGAUGGAAGACGGCGAGGCUGCGGGAGGCGGUGAUGACGGCGGCGUGGGGGACGGGUUCGCCGCGUGCUUGGACGCCGUCGUAACUGUCGGGGCCGAGGAUUUUCAAGCUACGGUCGACUCGAUGCACGGUCGUUUGACCAGUCAUGACUUGCUAUAUAGAAUGGUGGAUGUGUAUCUCAAGGAACACGGUGGGAAAAUAACGGAGGAACGCAAGGCCCAGAUAUGCAACACCGUCGACUGCACCAAGCUCUCGCCGGCCCUCCUCCUCCACGCCGUCCAAAACCCUCGGAUGCCGCUGCGCUUCAUCAUCCGCGCCAUGCUCAUUGAGCAGCUGAGGACCCGGCUCCACGUCGUCCACGCCUGCGACCGCCGCCGACCCCAGCGCAAGAAGCGCCAGAGCAAGGAGGGCGACACCUCCUCCUCCGCCGCCACGCUCGGCGCGAUCCUCCAGCGAGACGCCGACGUCCGCUGCACGGCCCAGCUGAAGGCCGCGAUGGACGCCACCAACUCGCGGAUCCAGAGCCUCGAGAAGGAGCUCACCGGGAUGAGGCGGAUCCUCCGGGAGUCGUCGACCUCCGAGAAGCAGAUGAGCGCCGCGUUGACCGACUUAGCUCGGUCGGCUAGCUUCCACUGUGUAACGGUGGCGGAGAGCGGCAAGAUCGAGAGAGGCGAGCGAGGAUCGGUCUCGUCGGGGAGCUACAGGUUCAGCGACCGAGGCUCGGCAGCGGCCGGAGCGGGAGGAGGCUCGGAUUGGCCAGGGGACGGAGGCGGCCUGGGCGGUCGCAAGAGCAUUCGGCAGAGACUGAUCAGUGGAUUGAAGCACGCUUUCGGAGUGUCAAGAGAUUCGAAACCUGCGACUAGAAGCAAAAUUGCAGGAGAGAACGUGGGGAGAGAUGUUACCGAGGUGGUGUAAAGAGGAAGAGCUGCUGUUUGAACGAGAAUGAAUUUGGUGGGAUGGUACUUGUAAAAGCUUUGAAUGUGGAUAAAACACGACAAUGAGUUAGAUUUAAGAAUUUGAAAAAUUGAAACAAUAGGUUAAUGUUUUUUGUAGUUCACCUUUUUAUGGAAAAUUUUCAAA